AGGUGUCGUUAUAUCUAAGAGAGUCUUCAUUAUUGGAUGAAACGAGAUCGUAGCAUGUAAGGUGGAAGGCAAUGACACUAUGGGGAAAAAUUAGUCACCUGCUUCACCUGUCAUAGUGUUCACUCAAAAUAAUGACAGCUUGCAAAAUAUUUAAUGGGUUUCCUCUGUUUGCGUCGACUAAAAUUUCGUUCAAAGUACGGAUCCUUAGAUAAUUAUUUGAAGAAGGCUUCAUUAAAAGGGAACAAGGGUACAAUCGUUGAUCAUGUUGAAGCAAACAGAAGCGGGGAGAACAACUCGGAAAAAAUACAAAUUGGCAAAAGAGAAGAAAAGAAAUAGUGCUGACAGCAGAAACAAGACAAGAUUUAGCAGGACAAAAGUAGCGACAAACGAAAGGGAGACAUUCAGAUACGAGACAGAAAACACGACGAUUGAAGGAGAUGACUUGGGAAUUUGCAUUUACCCCGAAGAAAAGUGUAUAAAUGAAAUUCAAGGACAAGGAGAACUAGAAGUUGCGAAAAGCGACUUUCAAAAGCUAAAAGUUUUUGACAAGGAAAGCAGCGAUGACUCUCUCAGCAUGAUAUCUUUGAAUUCCCGGCCAACGUCAGCCGUAACUGAUUUUGCAGAGGAAGUGAAUCUUGAAGGCUAUGAAGAAUUUUCAAGUUUGGAGAAUUUAAACGUAACCGAUCAAAUUCAGAUGCGGAAGAUUUCAACCGGGAGCAAUUCGAGUGAUUUGGAAAUUUUAGUUGACGAAGGGUCGCCAAGGAUACAAGGUAUUGAAAUUCUAGAAGAAAAUAACUUGGUUGAUGAGCAAACUGAGAAAGACAAUUCUGGGAACGCAAAGGCCACUCUUCUCGUAGGAGAAGUAGAGAUAAUAGACGAGAACGAAAAUAAAAAGGCAAAUGUUAAACCUGCUUGGGAAUUGAGUAAAAAAUUCCUUUUAACUGCAGACUUUCCAGCCAGAAUUUGGAAAGAGGACAUGAAUGGAAAAGCAAUGAAUGCAAGAAGGAAGUCAUCUGAACUAUUAAACGCAAGUUUUCCUCCAUUAUCUACGGUCCCUGAAUUACGAAGAGGCUCAUUUCCUAAUUCAUCUUUGAUGUCCUCAGACUCGUCACGUGAGCUUCCAAUGUUAUCGGGAAGACACUGCAAAGUCAAACUUCCCACGCAUUUUCCGGGGGUGCCCUCUCCUCACGUCGAAAGUGAUUCUGAGAGCAAGUCUUCGGAUGAUGAGGUGUCAAAUGUUUUACUCCUGGAAAAAGGACAGAAGGCAAGAGGAAAUAGUGCAAAAUUGCACAAGAAUCAGUUAGAUAUUCCUGGAAAACAGGGCAAUAAUUUGACAAUUUCCUCCACUAAGUCAUCUCCCAUUCUAAGUAGAUCGCACUCACCAAUGGCGUCUACAGAAAAUCUUGCAAUGAGAGUUGCAUCCACUGAAUACCUCGCCACCCGAGUUGUCACGCAACUGGACUGCGCUUUACAAGAGACUGUCAAUGUUAGCAAAGACAGAGAAACGAUUCGCGUAGGUUGUGUGACGCCAAAUUUGAUGCCCCGAAGGUACAGCUCUCUUUCGUUUCGUCCAACAACGAGUAACUAUUUCGGAGAGAAAACAAAUUCUCUUAUGCUACCCACAGUUCACAACAAUUGCAGUAAAAGUUUACCAAAUUUGACGGAUAAUAAAACUAAAAGAAUAUUCGUAACGUUCGAUAAAGAUCUUCCUCGCGCGAAAGUAGUCAAUUUGGAAGGGAAAAGUGACUUAUCAGAAAAAUGUCGCCUAAUUAACCGCAGAUUAUCCAGCGAAGACGCCUUAGUAAGGGCAAUGCUCGACAAAAAAAUAAAAAAGAAGGCGAUGGUAAAAAAGUGGGUCGUUUCAUCUUCACAAAACACAUUAACUGCAGAGUGAAAUCGGACAUGGAUUAAAACUUUUAGAAAGCCGAGUUUGCUCAGGUCACUACGAGAAAGAUACCAUUGACUGGUUAACUCGACCGCCAAUCAAAUAAAAGUCUAUUCAAUCUUUGCAUGUGUUAACUUUAUCUAUACAAGGUUAAA